CUGCUUCCUGAACGGUUCUGUGUGUGAGCGUAGCUGAGCAGUGAUCUUCAUGUCAAGUCCCACCUUCUCUCUCCCAAGAUGAAGGAGGAAGUGACAUACGCGGACCUGAGUUUCCAGAGAACAGACGAUGUGGAGAAAGUACCGCAGAUGGAUUUAAUUGAAAAACCAGAACAAUCUGCUCCCCUGUCUGUGAGGAGAUCUGUUCCCCCGGGUCAGCUGACACUGUGUUUGCUGCUACUGCUGCUGCUGUUGCUGCUGCUGAGCGGACUCGUGGUCCUAGGGAUCCUCUUUUCCCAGGAGCAGGCUGAGAGGAAAAACCUACACUCCAGGAAUACAAAUCUCACCCAGAGUCUUCAGCGCAUGACCACUGAGUUAUGUCGCCAACUCGUCGCCGGAAAUACAGAAUCAAAAUGUUCCCCUUGUGAAAAGGGCUGGCAAUGGUCUGGAGACAGCUGUUAUAGAAAAUUUGAUAUUUGGAAUACCUGGCCAAAAGGAAAAAAGUUUUGCCACGACAACAACUCCACGCUGGUGAAGGUAGACAGCCGGGAAGAGCUGAACUUCAUAUCAGCGUUUAAAGAUGUGUGGCUGGGAUUGUCAUUCAACGUGUCCAGAAGGAGUUGGCUGUGGGAGGAUGGCUCGGCUCUCCGCGGCGACCUGAUCUCGAUUACGGAACCAUAUUCAGACCAUGGGAUCAAUUUCUGUGCUUUUCAACAAAAUCAUGUUAGGUCUGCAGAUUGCCUUGAUUACAAGUAUUUUUUAUGUGAGACUGUUGCAGGUCCAGUGAGAGCAGAAUCCCUGUAUUGAUCCUCCCAAGAGUUGGGGCCCAUUGUCCCAUCCCAUGGGUGGCACAGCCCUGCCAUAAGAUCCACUCUGAAUUGCUGACUGUACGAUCACGGUGCUGGACUAAAGGGAAGGGAUCUUCACCGGAAAAUGGCAGUGAGCUAACGAAUGAGAUUUCAGCUUGGGAAGACCACGCUCGUGGACCAUCACUUCUUCUAACAAUUUAAAUAGACAUUUCUCCUGGCCCUUUCUUGGGCUCCUGCUGGACCGUCUUUCAACUGUGACACUAUAAUUGAUGUAAAAGUGCUAUAAAAACUGUAUUAAACAAAUCAGACAAUUUU